GCAUCAAAACAUCAUAUUGACCCAGGAUCGGUUGAACGAAUCUAAAAAAAAAAAUGCGGAUUCAAUCUUGGAGUAAACUUUUAAAAAGAAAACCGCUUGCUGGAAUUGUUGUGGUGUUUGUUAUAAUAUCAGCAAUUGUAACCGUGUUUCGUCUAUCUUCUAGAACUAGAGAUGAAAUCAUCUACUCGUCUUCAUCACAAAUGAGAUCCACGUCACCAGUCGAACUAAGUUGGCCACUACCUCUUUCACAGAGUAAAGAAUCUAUAGCAAUCGACACCUCUUUUAAAAGAGCUCCUGUUGGAGAGGAACAAAUUAAGAAACUUAAGAUGAUUUAUCCAUUGCUUGACACAAAUGGUGAUUCAUAUGUUAGCAUAGAUGAACUGCGUAAUUGGAUCAUAUCAAAAGUUAAAGAGCAUUUGCAAGGAGCUCUCAGAGAAAAUAUUUUUCUUUUUACCGCUAUUGAUAUGAAUCCAAGAAAUGGCCAUGUUUCAUGGCUGGAAUAUCACACUUGGUUUCUUAAAAAAAAUGGGAAUAACAAUACUAAAACAGGAGAUCAUGAUGAAAUGCAUCCUGAGUUGGAACGAUCUAUCAAAGAAAAAAUUGCCUGGGACAAGGCUGCUUGGUCAGAAGCUGCAAAAACCGACCCAGAUUUCCUGAAUCUCGAUGAAUUUCUAAGUUUUCGUCAUCCGGAAUCUAGCCACACUACUUUGCUUAGCAAAGCCGAUGAGCUACUUGGCGAAUAUGAUAAAGACGCCGAUGAAACUCUAACGUGGGAGGAAUACUCCUUAAUACCGUCUGAAAGUUUACUUGUGCGAUAUAGUGAGAACAAAAGACAAGAAGAAUUUAACAAUUUUAUUGAUCGCAACAGAGACGGUAAACUUGAUAAACGCGAAAUAUUGUCAUAUUUAGAUCCUCGAAAUCCUCGCCAUGCUCAUUUGGAAGCCGUUUCUCUUAUCCAGAUAUCCGAUACAAAUAAAGAUCAGCAGCUAUCUAUGAAAGAAAUACUUGCUUCAGCCGACAUUUUUCUGGCUAGCAAAGUCAUCGACACCGAAACUAAUUUCCACGAUGAAUUCUAGAGAAAAUUCCAUUAUUGCUAAUGUUCAUUUUCAUUCCACGCCAAGAAUAACAAAUACUUCCAUUUAAAAGUCUCAAAGCUGUAUGCAAAACAUUAUACAAGAUUUGUUGCCAAUUUUGUAAGUCAAUUGAUAUUAUUCAGCAUAUCUUGGUAUUUAAUUAAUCAUAUGAUUUGUUAAAAUACUCCAAAACUAAACUUUUUAAUGUUUUCAUUUCCUUGCGAUAUUUGUAUUACCUUUUAUUUGUGUAAACUGUAGGACCAGUUAAGUUCCAUUAUUUAUUUCUGAUUUUGUAUUUUUUAUGUGUUGAAAAUGCAUUUUACAAAGAAAAAGAA